UAAAUGCUGGAAGUGUUAAUACAAAAUCAACAUUUUAGGAAAUAUUUCCUAAAUCUAGCAGAAGAAGCAAAGCAUUAAGGUCGAAUAUCGCAUAAUGAUGCGCCUAGUUUCACUCGCUAUUACCUUAGCCGUUUUCUUGGUGGAUUCCUCGAAAGCUGAAUUCGUAUGUCACCACUGGACUGAAGAAGACUACAAUGCGAUGCCCCAAGGUCGUACACCAGAGGAUGAAAGACAAUAUUGUGAAGAUGUCUUAGGCUAUGUGUUUACACAAGGAGAAAAUGAAUUCUAUCCAAAAUGUGGACAAUGCUGGUGCUGUAAACCAGAUGGAGAGGAACUUCUGGUUAAUGAAGAUUUGGUAUGCUACCACUGGACUGAAGAAGACAACAAAGCGAUGCCCCAAGGUCGUACAGCAGAGGAUGAAAAAUAUUAUUGUGAAGAUGUUUUAGGCUAUACGUUUUCAAAAGGAGAUUAUGUAAACUACCCGAACUGCGGGACAUGUUGGUGUUGUAGACCAAAAGUUUUUGUAUGUCACCACUGGACUGAAGAAGACUACAAAGCGAUGCCCCAAGGUCGUACACCAGAGGAUGAAAGACAAUAUUGUGAAGAUGUUUUAGGCUAUACGUUUACACAAGGACAAAAUGAAGAGUAUCCAGAAUGUGGGGAAUGCUGGUGUUGUAAACCAGAAAGUUAAAGUGCAAAGAUGGCUUCUUCGCUCAAAGAGCAACCUUUCUGGACGAAAUAGUCGAUUUAUUUUAUUCAUGAAUGUGUUAAUAGUGCUCUUAAAUAAAUGAUUAAAAUUUA